AUGGGUGCGCCCCUGCGCUCCAUGUGCCCUGUGACGGGCAGCAGCGCAGGCGCUCGCCCUCCUGCGCCGCCGGCAGCCUGGCGAGGCGCAAGGCGCAAUCGCCCCCACUGGACGCUCGCAGCCGUCCCGCGCGAGGAGGGCAGCGGCACCUGGGUCUCCAGCCGUGCGCGGCGCGAGCAGCAGCAGCAGCAGCAGCGGCAGCAGGCCGGGGCCGCGUCGACCGCCGUCGUCGCCCCUCCGCCCACGCAGCAGCCGCGGCGCACGCCCGCGGCGCGCGGCGCGCACGACGAGCCGCCCGGCCGCCCGCGGCGGGCGCGCGUCGAUGUGGCGAAGCUUCUCACCAACGCUAUAUCAGGCGCAGUCACGCUGCAGCAGUUGCAGGAGCUUGCGGCCGCAAACGCAUCCCGCCUAGACCACAUCCACGUUGCCGCGCUCCUCUCGCGCGCAGCGCAGCUCAGCGCGGCGGCCGCGCCGCUGAUGCAGCAGCAGCAGCAGCAGCAGCAGCAGCAGCAGCAGCCGCAGCAGCGGGAGGAGGAGGGCGAGCGGCUGCGGCGGGAAGCGGGAGGUGGCCCGGAAGGCGACGGCGGCGCGGGGGUGCUGCGACUGCUGUGCGGGCUGCUGGCGCAGCGGCUGAGGCACACGACUCCGGCCAGCCUGGCCGCCUCACUCUGGGGCCUGGCCAAACUGUCGCAGUCGGGGCUCGGCUCGCAGCUCGACGCGGCACUGGCCUCGGCGCCCGCCGUCGACGACGCGUCGCGCUCGGCGCCCACCGUCAGCGUUGGGGCCGCGCCACAGCAGCAGCAGCAGCAGCAGCAGCAGCAGCAGCAGCAGCAGCAGUGGCGGCCCCGCGCCCGCCCCUCGCCCCCGCGGCGCCGGCCGCUGCUGUCGGCGCUCGGCACGCGCGCGCUCGCGCUGGCGCCCGCGAUGAGCGGGCGCCAGCUGGCGACGGCGCUCUGGGGCCUGGCGCGCACGGGCUUCCGGCCCGAUGCGCCCUGGGCGGACGCGUAUCUUUCGGCGGCGGCGGCGGCGCUCGAGGGCGGCCGCUGCUGCCUCACCGACUGCGCGCUGCUGCUCUACUCGCUCGCGGUCAUGCGGCGGCCGCCCGGCGACGCGUUUUACACCACGUGGCAGUCGGAGGUGCUGCGGCUCGGGCUGGGGGCCGCCAGCCCGCAGGACGCGAGCACGAUGCUGUGGGCGGCCGGCACGCUGGGCGCGGCCCCACGCAAGGAGUGGAUGGCAGCGGUGUUCGAGGCGAGCGCUCCGCAGCUGGCGGGCUACGGGCCGCAGGCGCUCAGCAACAGCAUCUACGGCCUGGCCGCGCUGGGGGCGCCGCCCCCGGACGAAUGGCUCUCCGCCUUCCUCUCCGCGGCGGCCGGCGGCGGCGGCGGGGGCAGCAGCGGGGAGCAGCUUGCAGACGGCGGCGGCGCCGCCGACGCGGCCCCCGCGGUGGCCAUCACUCCGCAGGCGUUCUCCUGCACGCUCGCGUCUCUGGCCAAGCUCGGCGCCGGCGGCCGGCUCGACGGCGGCUGGCUGUCUGGGAUGCUGGCGCGCAGCGAGGGCGCCCUGGGAAGCUUCCGCCCCUUGGAGCUGUCCAACACGAUCUGGGCGCUCGCGCGGCUGGACCACCGGCCGGGGGACGGCUGGAUGGCCGCAUUCCUGUCGGCGGCGCGCGCGGCGCUGCCCGGGUUCAGCGGCCACCAGCUCACCAACGUGCUGUGGUCUCUGGCGCUCCUGCGCCGCCCCCCGCCACCCGAGUGGCUCGGCGCCGCGCUGGCCCAGCUGCAGCCCUCCCUCCGCCGCCUAACGCCGCGCGCCCGCAACGGCCUGCUCUGGUCGCUCUCCGCCAUGGGGGCGCACCCGGGGCGGGCCUGGCUGUCGGAGUUCAUGGCGGCCGCGUUUGAGGGCGGCCUGGCUGCGGACAGCGCCGCGUGCGCCAACGUGCUCUUCACCCUGUCCUCACUGGACGGCGACUUCCUUGCG